GUGAACCUCGUUUUCAGCUUUUAACGGCCUGUAGCAAAUCUGAGGAUUUUGUGACUGAAAAGCUGGAAAUCAUCAAUACGCUCAACUUCUCAAUCUAAAAGGCCCUGAGAGUAGCGAGGCUGACGCAUAGGGGGUCAAAUCUGGCAACCCUGGAUAUCAAUGCGCAAUUCAAGAGAGCUAAAGUUAUACGCCCCAACAUGAAAUAACAAUGACGUUGGUCUCAAGGCGGCAGCUUAACGAUAAUUAUGAACUGAAAGGACGGACAGACAUAAAAAACUCACUUUCGAGUCUUUAAUAGCUGUCGCAGUAAUAUAUCGUGACCAAUAGGAGGUAUCUAUUCGGCGUUGCCUUAAUAGGAACACCAAGGGUACAGAACUUGUGCUUGUUAAUUUCCAUUUAAAUUUCGCACAUAAUGUGCGAAUUUGUGAAAAUUUUGUACGAAUUUCACGCAUAUUGCAGUGGGUUCAAUUUCAAGCCAGGUUUGAGAGCAUUGAGUGCCUGUUUUGUUCGGAAUAAAGCCGAGGUGCGCGUCGUUGUCUGCGGCGACGCUACACAAAAGAUGCCUAUUUCACUGCAACGAAACGGUGGUUCCAUCUGCCGCCUCUAUGGUGGAAAGCGCCUUUUUACUAUAGGGGUCAGAAAUUGCGGCAUGGUUCCUCUGCACCAAAACCAACAUUUUUAAAAUGGCAUUGGCGCUAACGAAGAGCACAUGUUCUCUAUCGUAAAGGAAACAACCACGCAACGCUCUCAAGCAUGGUAACAGAAACUUAGUGUGAAAUGUGAGCCGAAAUCAGUCAGCAGUUCCCGUAGAAGAUUCAUGUACCUGGCGCUCCGAUUUAUGUGACACUCAGUGUAAGGGAGGUAGCUACAAGAUCUGUGGUAGGGCCAAGGGCGACUUAGUAUUGGGCGCUUUGCUUGACCAUGAGAGGUGCAAAGAGAGGGCUAUCAAGAGUGAAGAAUGGUGUUUUUGCCGGUGAUUCUGACGCGUCUUAUAGUCGCACUCUUCCAGACAACGGGGUGAUAUACCUGGCCGACGUUGUGAUCACGAACGCCACGGUGAACAAAGUCAUGUCUAUUAACUACACCGUCGAGUUUGCGAAGAGGCUGAAGGUAAAUCCGCGCCUUGACAUAAUCAUGUCCAUGGCUGGCGGUCCCCACAUUCCCUGCAUCGACAACGUCGGAUCAUGCUCGUAUAAUCUGUGCUACGCCCGAAACGAAAUAGAGGUGCAGGUUGCCAGUGCUUGGGGAAACGACUGCCCUGUACCGCAAGGGUCUGUUCCGGGGCUACUUUCAUUAUCAGCUGACUCCAACUGCCUGGACUACCCUCAAGGUAAACUCGAACGAGGAAGAACCAGGGCCGCGCGGUUCUCAUCAGAGCAAACUUGAUCGACGGUGGUGAGCUUCUGGGUUGUUUUCGCCUGUCUGCGACGGUGAGGCCCACAAGCGACUACUAGACUCACGGCACAAUUACUUCAUCGCUCGUUAUACCCUGGAACCAACCUUACUUGUGGAGCACCAAGUCUCGGUAUCCGGCUUUGCACGUCACCGAACACAGCAUUGGAUGACGAAAUAAAGGACAUGCG